AUGCUACGAAAGAAAAAAGUAUGGGCUGGUAGAAUAUCACUGGCUUUUCGAUUGCCGCCUUAUACUUUGCUCUUUAUCGGUGCUCGUUGCAGGAGUGGCACUUGGCUGGGAUUAUCUGUACCCCCAUCCUCAAUCCAGGACCGUUCUUUUUAUUUGUAUUAUUUUGUACUUCGUUCUUUCCGGUAUCAUCACGCUAUCCUACAGGACUCGAUCCUCCGACUACUUGGAGAGUGUCUUCUUUUAUGCACAAGUAAGGAUCUUUUGUUAACUUACUUGCUAGAAAUGAUCCGACGUAUCGUCUCUCAUUUUUGGUCACGGAUGGUAAGACCGGAAGCGUCCGACAAUCUUCCGUACAGCGAUGUAUCUCGGACUUUUUCGACAUCAAAGGAAAGUUCCGUAAUGAUCUGUACAGUACUUUACUCCUAA